UAAGCCAACCUCAACCCACAAUGUCAUCUUCUUCUUCUUCUUUUCUCAUUUCCCUUCACCACCAUGGAAGCCACAGCCAGUGCACUGAGCUUUGCUCUUCCCUCCCCCAAGUCCCAAACCUUCCAAAUCCUCAACCGACCCAUUAACCCAUUCAACCCGGGACCCACCUUCAAACCCCUCCGCCACCGCUUCUCAUCAAUCACCGCCGCCAUUCCCCGCACCAAGAAGGAGGAAACAGUCGACAGCGUCAGGAAGCAGCUCGAGAAUUGCUACCUCCUCGCCGGAAUCAACUACAAAGGCUUCACCGUCAAGCAGUUCCAGGAGCUUCGGAAAACGCUCCCCGAAACCACGACGCUGAUUGUCGCGAAGAACACGCUGGUGUAUAAGGCGGUGGAGGGAACCGAGUGGGAGACGCUGAAGCCGUGUAUGAAGGGGAUGAAUGUGUGGCUGUUUGUUCACACGGAGGAGAUUCCGAAGGCGAUUAAACCCUACAGGGAUUUCCAGAAGGAGAAGAAGCUUGAUGAGAAUGAUUUCACUGGUGCGGUUUUUGAAGGGAAAUUCUAUGGUCCUAAUGAGUUCAAGAAGCUUGAAACAUUGCCUACUCGUGCUGAGAUUUAUGCAAAUUUGUUGGGAUCGUUGAAGAGCCCUGCUUCUGCUUUGGUCAGCACGCUUCAGGCACCAGCUAGGGAGCUUGUCAUGACUCUCAAGGCACAUGUGAAGAAUCUCGAAGAACAGGCGGCGCAAUAGAUAAGUUUUCAAUGUUGUUUUGUUUUGAUUUAGUUGAAUAUUUAUAUGCCUUUUGUUUAUUGCAUUUGAGCUGGUUUGUUUAUCCUGUUAAUGUGUAUGAUGUGUUUAGAAUGAUGCAAAGUUUAACUUUUUGCUGUUAGAGUAGGGAUGGAUGCUUUGAAAACUUGUUCCCACUGAAUGAUGCAAUUUCACUGGUUAUUGGUUAUUCAGUGCACAGAGCAUUGAGCUGUUGUUUUUC